UGAUGAUCCUCAUGCAGACGUGGACAUAAAUGGCUGAAAUUUCUACUUUGUAUUUGUAAAAUAACGUGUUAUUGAUCGUUGAAAAGGGCAUUUAAGACUGAAAACGUAAACGGAAUAUCGCUUGCAAAAUGGUUCUGCUUGCAGCUGCAAUCUGCACCAAAGCUGGAAAGGCGAUCAUUUCAAGACAGUUUGUUGAAAUGAGUCGAUCCAGAGUUGAAGGUUUGCUUGGAGCGUUUCCAAAACUGAUGAACACAGGAAAACAGCAUACAUUUGUGGAAACAGAAAGUGUGCGCUACGUGUAUCAACCCUUGGAUAAACUUUACAUGUUGUUAAUCACAACUAAAGCUAGUAACAUCUUAGAAGAUUUAGAAACAUUGCGUUUAUUUUCAAGAGUGAUUCCAGAAUAUUGUCGAGCUGUAGAAGAGGCAGAAGUGGUUGAGAAGUCAUUUGAAUUAAUAUUUGCAUUCGAUGAAAUCGUCGCACUUGGAUACCGUGAAAACGUAAAUCUUGCACAAAUUCGCACGUUUACAGAUAUGGACAGCCAUGAAGAAAAGGUCUUCCAGGCUGUUAUUGAGACUCAACAACGCGAAGCUAAGGAGUUGAUGAAAAGAAAAGCUAAAGAACUUCAAGCAGCCAGACUCGCAGCAGCCAAAGGCAAACCAACUGCACGGUCAUCCAUGACUGGAUUUGGUGGCAAUGGAAAGUCAAACGACUCGAAUAUUUCUGUAGAGAUCACACCAACAGAACCUGUCGUAUCCAAACCAUCAAGACCAGCCAGACCUGUGGGCAGCAAUAAAGCAAUGAAAUUAGGAAGCAAAGGAAAAGAUGUUGAUCAUUUUGUUGAUAAAUUACGUUCAGAAGGCACAGAUAUCCUGACGUCAUCUGGAAAGCGUGCUCCUGCUGCAAAACCUGCGCAAUCUGCCGUACCAACAUCAGGUGUGCAUAUCAAGGUAGACGAGAAGAUCUCUUUAACUGCUGGCAGAGAUGGUGGUCUACAAAAUAUGGAAGUUCGAGGCUUGAUUCUUCUUCGGAUAACUGAAGCAGAGUAUGGCCGCAUUACUAUCGCUGUUGAUAACGAUGAUAAAUUAGGAUUUCAGCUACAGACCCACCCAAAUGUGGACAAGAAGUUAUUCAACCAGGAGUCUGUGCUUGGUCUCAAACAAUCCGGAAAGGCCUUUCCACUCAACGCAGACAUCGGCGUACUAAAGUGGCGUCUUCAAACAAAAGAUGAAUCGCUGAUUCCCUUAACAAUUAACUGCUGGCCCUCUGAAAAUGACGGACAAUGCGAUGUUAACAUCGAGUAUGAAUUACAACAGGAAGAAAUGGAGUUGAAGGAUGUCACAAUAACAAUCCCAGUACCGCAUGGUGUGGGCGCACCUGUCGUGGGUGAAAUCGAGGGUGAUUAUCAUUAUGACCACAAACGCUCGGUGCUAGAAUGGCAAAUUCCAGUCAUAGACGAAUCAAAUAAAUCAGGAGCAAUGGAAUUCUCGGUAUCCGGUCAUCCCGACGAUUUCUUCCCCGUUCACGUUUCAUUUGGAUCAACAAAAUCAUUCUGCGAUCUAAAGAUCAAAGAUAUCAAUAUUGUCGAAGACGGAAUGCCUGUGAAAUUCUCCAGCGAGAUUUUGUUUUCCGUAGAAAAAUACGAAAUAGUAUGAGAGUAUAUAGCAUAGGUUUCAGGACAAGUAAUAUAAGCAAUCAUUGAUGUUCCGAAAUCUUUAAGAAAUUUAAGCAUGUCUGCUCUUUUUUUCGAGAGUAAGACGUGUUGCUACCGAGCAUGCAUGAAUGACGCAAUUAACAUCAGCCAUGCAACCUUUGGCGGACACUGAAGGCAUGAACUACUGGGUGUAUUACUCUAAAGAAUCUCGACUCAGAGAUGCCUGCAAAUUUUCUGAUAAUUCUUGAAAAAAUCCCAAAAAGAAAUAAAUGUAGAGAUUUAGUUUCCGAGUCGGAAACAUGUAGUUCACUUUUUGAGUGUUGCAGCUACUGUAAAGUCCUUUGAAAGACACUAGGUUAUCAAUUUUAACGUGAAAACAUUUUACCUCUAAAAUAUUAUAAAAUUGGUUUGAGAAAUAGAGCUUUUGAGAAAUAAAAUUUUCUAAAACGAAAAGGCUUCUGGCACUUGGGUUUAUAGUAUAGAAGUUGGUAAGUGGUAACCAACAGUUGCACUCCAAAGUGUCCGCCAUUGGAACUUGACCAAUGACCAUUGUUUAGAUAACAUGAACGAUGCAUUUUUCAUUGUAUAGGUACACGUAGCUAAUUUGGGAAUUAAAAUUCAUCUUAUAAAUACUUCGUUAAUACAGCAAACUGUCCUCGUA